GGAGGCGGCCGCAGUAGCGGCCUGCCCCCGCCGCCACCACCCUGGGGGAAGAUGGGGCGGCCCGUCGGGCCUCGGCGCUGAGGCUGAUCAUGACUUCACAAUUGGGCCACUGAAGCACAGCGUUCCCUGUUGCCAUGACGACGGGUGACUGCUGCCAUCUUCCCGGUUCGCUGUGCGACUGUCCUGGAAGCGCCACACUGUCCAAGUCGGUGGAAGACUCUGACCUUGGGCGGCCGCAGUAUGUCACCCAGGUCACAGCCAAGGACGGACGGCUGCUCUCCACAGUGAUCAAAGCCCUGGGGACGCAGAGCGACGGCCCCAUCUGUCGGAUCUGCCAUGAGGGUGGAAGCGGAGAGUGCCUGCUCUCCCCCUGCGACUGCACUGGCACGCUGGGGGCCGUGCACAAGAGCUGCCUGGAGAAGUGGCUCUCCUCCUCCAACACCAGCUACUGUGAACUCUGCCACACUGAGUUUGUCGUGGAGAGAAGACCCCGGCCCCUAACCGAGUGGCUAAAGGACCCCGGGCCCCGCAAUGAGAAGCGAACCCUCUUCUGCGACAUGGUGUGUUUCCUCUUCAUCACCCCGCUGGCUGCCAUCUCGGGCUGGCUGUGCCUCCGCGGAGCCCAAGACCACCUGCAGUUCAACAGCCGCUUGGAAGCCAUCGGCCUGAUUGCUCUGACCAUAGCACUUUUUACUAUCUAUGUCCUCUGGACGCUGGUUUCAUUCCGCUACCAUUGCCAGCUGUACUCGGAGUGGCGAAGGACCAAUCAGAAAGUCCGCCUGAUGAUCCCAGACUCACGGAACCCGCACCCUGUCCAGCACUCCCUGCUCUCAGCCAAGCUCCUGAAGAAGAAGGCUGACGAGACAACCGUAUGAGUCAGGAGUGGGCUUUGUGGGGAAUCCCCCCCCCCCGGCCCCGCACGUGGUGGUUUUGGGCGGGGUCGCACUUUCCCAGGCGACCGUGGCAAAGACUCAUCUGAACAAUCAACCCAACCAAAGGGGGCCGAAUACUACGGGACAACAAGGAAUCUCCGGGCGCGUGCAAUGACCUCGGGAGGCGACCCAGCUAGAGCCUCCACCGGCCAGGCUCUGUCCUCAAGAGGAACACACGGGGAAGAAAGCUGUCUCCCUAUAUCCGUAACCCUAUAUCCUAUUAUAUUAUAAUAAUUAUUACUGUUGUUUAUAAUUUCACCACUAUAAUUGAUUUUCCACCCCACUUCCCCUUUGCAUUUGGGUCCCCAGUGUUUGAAACGUGAAGGACCCAGAGCCGAUCCACAUCUCCCUUGCUUUGACAUCACCAGGGUGUUCUCCCUUGCUGGUUUCACGCAGCAAGCAUUUGCUGGGAAUUUCUUUGCCACACAAAAUUAGCCAACUUCCCCCCCCCCCCCUUGGAAAUGAC